GGACCCCCGCGUCCAAUAGGUAGGGCGGUGAGGACGCGGGUGCCGUGACCCCGCCUCCCCUUGUCAUUUUCGGCGCACGCGCACGGGUAGGCGGCUGUCGGGAUCAGUCGGGACUGCGUGGAUCUCGCCCUGGCGGAGAGGAGGGCGUCGCGAUCACCUGGGAGGAGGGACGGUGGGCAGUGAAAGGGGUUGGGGGGGGCUCCUGUUUCCUCCGGUGUCGCGCCAUGACGGCGAACGAAGACCAGGAGGUGAGUGAGGAUUGAAAGGUUUUAGUGAUGAUGGGGAGAAGGGCAGAGUUUCAUCCGCUGCACAAGUAGAGAAUCAACAGGCGAAGUUCUCCCACCCCCCAUCCCCCGCUCUGCUUCUCGGGGCUGGCGCUGCACCUGUUGAGCUUCUGCCUGCCGCAGCCAAAAGCUUGUACAGGCAACAUGGGGCAUAGCUCAGUUGCUUAGAGCAACGGUGCUGAUAAUGCAGAGGCUGCAAUUUCGAUCCCCAUAUGAGACAGUUGCAUUUUCCUGCCUGGCAGGGGGUUGUACUAGAUUAUCCUUGUGGUCCCUUCCAACUCUCCAAUUCUAGCACCCGCUGCUGGAUAUCUAGGUAAUUUGCAGAAGAUCCGGAAGGUUUCCUGACUCUGAAGUGUCCUGACAAUAGCAAGAAUUAGGCUGCGGGGGGGGGGGUGGAGAUGGGUUGGAAAAGUGGGCAUCUUUGCAGAAGGGUCUUGCGAGCUUGGUUCAAAUCCAAAUCUCAAGUGCUAGAGCAGAGCUUAUGUGCAGAGACAUCCUGUUCCUUAAUUCUGAACAGACUUGCCUUGCUAAACCACUGUUUUGCACCUCCUUCUGUUUGGUGGUUCUCAGAGUCUUAGUGAAAAAACAAACUGAAUCCCAUAGGCCCACCCCUACAUUACAGACGUUAGCAUGCUUAAAAACCUCAGGAUAAUUCUGGUAAUUUACUCACUACACUUGUCAACACCAAGUAGGCAAUACCCUGAUUCAGUGGUUUUUCAACCAGUGUGGCGUGGCACCCUGGGGUGCCUUGAAUGAUGGUGAUGGGUGCAACACUGGGAUCUGUCCCUAUUUCCUUCCCUCAUCCUCUGAUGCCCUCUCCCGUCUCAGCCACCCAAAGACUUGCACAGCUGUUAGUUGUGGUAGACCUGGCUACAAGCUCAGCAGGCAAAUGCCGCCUCUGGGGCUGGUCAGGGGGUGCUAGUUGCCAGGAGCUGAAGCAGCCUCAGAGUAAGCAAGCAAGCGGGCAAGGGAGACCAGCUAGCCAGUCCACCAGCCCUUGCUGUUGGGAAUGGACAGACAAGUCCCAGGCCCCUAUGGGGCAGUGUGUGGAGGCACCUCUCUUUGGGGCGGGGGCGGGCAGCUCAGAGACCAGGGGCGGCAGUAUUGGCUGCCCAGAGGACUCCCAAGGAGAGGGGAGAGGAGGCUGAGGGAACACUCCACAAGGGAGGAUGUUCAAAAAGGUGAGAGUCUGCCUGCUCUGCAGGCAACUGGUGACAUAACUGGGCUUCUGAGCCCCACAAGGGUACCGCUGAAAGAAUAAAGUUGCUCAAGGGAGCCGUGGACUCAAAAGGGUUGAAAACCUCUGCCCUGAUUGAAAGCCGGAAGGGAGCAUAGCUUGGUGGUAGAGUUCGCACACACAGACCAGACACACAGACCCCACAUCUACUUUCACAAAGACAACCUAUCAUCUUUACUUUUGCUACACAGUAGAAAGCCCAGUACAGUGGUACCUCGGGUUACAUACACUUCAGGUUACAUACGCUUGAGGUUACAGACUCCGCUAACCCAGAAAUAGUACCUCAGGUUAAGAACUUUGCUUCAGGAUGAGAACAGAAAUCGUGCUCUGAUGGCGCAGCGGCAGCUGGAGGCCCCAUUAGCUAAAGUGGUGCUUCAGGUUAAGAACAGUUUCAGGUUAAGAACGGACCUCUGAAACGAAUUAAGUACUUAACCUGAGGUAACGCUGUACUGUUUUUAACACUUGAUUGGGAGCCGCCCAGAGUGGCUGGGGAAACUCAGCCAGAUGGGCAGGGUAUAAAUAAUAAAUUAUUAUUAUAUACCACUGUAGUUAUGUGCUCAUUACAUACUCAGUUUCAGCAAGAUGUAACCAUUGGAUUUGGAUCAUAAUUUUUGUUGUAUUCUUCAUAUCAAAUAAUUCUAUCAAUUUUAUAAAUAAAUACAAAUAUCCAAAUUUAUCUGUUGUAUAUGAUAUGUAUUUUCAUGUUUUCUUUUCUUAACUUUGCCUUGAAUUUAAAGAACUGCAUUAGAGAGCAUAUGCCUAAUGGAACUUUGGGCUUCUGUUUCUCAAAACAGCAGUCUCCCAGGCCACAUAGUAAAUGGGUUGUGAAGCAAGGAACACAGAGGAGACUUUCAAAGUACUGUAGCUUGAAAUAUGACACAAGGCACUAUUGUCCAUAAGUGAUCCCCCCCGAUCAAAAAGUUACAGUGGUACCUCAGUUUAUGAACUAUUCGGUUUACGAACUCUGCAAAACCGGAAGUAGUGUCCCGGUUUGCGAACUUUACCUCAGUCUAAGAACGGAAUCUGAACGGUGGAAGGGCACCGGCAGCGGGAGCCCUCAUUAGGGAAAGUGCGCCUCAGUUUAAGAACGGUUUCGGUUUAAGAAUGGACUUCCAGAAUAGAUUAAGUUUGUAAACCAAGGUACCACUGUAUAGGGAGUACCAUGCACAGAAUACUCCUACAAUCUUUCUACAUGUGUAUAUGCGUUUUAAGGUCUUGUACAAAACAGUGAAAAUACAUACAGCUUCUGGGUCAUGUGGCCAGCAUGACUAAGACGCUUCUGGUGAAGCCAGAGCAGUGCACAGAAACGCCGUUUACCUUCCCACCGGAGCAGUACCUAUUUAUCUACUUGCACUGUGUGCUUUCGAACUGCUAGGUUGGCAGGAGCUGGGACUGAGCAAUGGGAGCUCACCCCAUCGUGGGGCUUUGAACCGCCAACCUUCUGAUCAGCAAGCCCUAGGCUCUGUGAUUUAACCCACAGCGCAUCAGUAGUAGUAAUAUUAAACCCUUUUUUAUUUAAUGUUCUCUUUUUAAAAAUUAUUUUGAACUAAGGUUGAAGGUGAUGAAAUUAAUAUCAAAUAUUAAUACUUAAACAGACUGUACACAAUUUAAAUGGUUAAGAACCAAGACCACUACUGGCAAAGUAUCUCUGGCCCUUUCCUGCAGCAUUACCCUUAGGAUUAUUUUGUGUUUUAAAGAUUUGUGCAAAUGUUCUCUUUAGGUUUUAAAAAUAUUAAUAAUUUUCUUUCCUUUCCUUCAGAUGGAGCUAGAAGCAUUACGUUCUAUUUAUGAAGGUGAUGAGUGUUUUAGGGAACUUAGCCCCAUUUCCUUUCAAUAUAGGGUGAGUUUGCAUGAGGUUUUAUUACAGAAAAGUAAUCUGUGUUGACUUGAACUGAGUCCCAAUUCCUCCAAGACAUAUGCAUGUAUCUGAGAUAGCUCAUAGUUUUUACUGGUUUUUUUAAUUGAUUUCUUGAUUAAUUGCAUGCAUUUACUGUGAUUUAGCUAUUGUACUCUGCUUUGGGAUUAUUUUAUAGGAAAAGUAGGUAACAAUUUUUUUAAGAAAAAAGUACACCACUUGUCUAAUACAGUUGUGAAUGAAGGAAUAUUUAACUUUAAGCUUCAAUAGCCACAUUCAUUUUCAUAGGAUUGACAGCAUGCAAUUUGUGAAGUCGAGCUCAGAUUCAUGCUGUUAUCCAGCAAUCUCAUUUGAAUUAAGCAAUAAUUAUUUGAAUUAAGAAUACUUUGAAUUAAUAAUUAAACAGUAAUGAUACUGUGUUUAUUCAGAAUGAGGAAAGUUACCUAUGGAGCAAAUGUCUUUUUUUAAAAUUGUUUUCUAAUGGCAGCUGCAUGGAUUCCUGUGAAGUAAUAGUUUACAUUUGUAUUGAUUAGUGUUGCAGUCGUCUUAUCUGAAGACUCAAUUCUGUGGAUGAUGAUAAUAAUAAAAAUCGACAGUGAAGGAUCCUUGUUAUAAAACAAAUAUAUUUCAGUAUUUCUUCCAAUGGUUUAAAAAUUUGGGGGGAUUUUCUGGAUUCUUACACUGCCAUGCUUUAUAAAUAUUUUCCAGAUAGGUGAAAAUGGAGACCCUAAAGCUUUCCUGAUAGAAAUAUCAUGGCCAGAAACAUACCCUCAAACUGCUCCAGUCAUCUCUAUGGAUGCAUUCUUCAAUAACUCUAUGUAAGUAUUCCAGUUUCUUAUAGUGGCAUUUCUUCUGGAAUAGCCUUCUUUUGCAUCUAUCCCUAAAAGGAAGUUCUAUUAUUUCUCCUAGAGCCUCCACCAUAAAGCAAAGUAUAUUGAACAAAUUAAUGGAAGAAGUUGAAGUUAACCUUGGUACCUCUAUGACAUACACAAUUUUUGAAUAUGCCAAAGAUAAUAAAGAGCUGUUUAUGGAAAACCAACCCAUUAAUAUUGCGGUAAGCUGAUAACUUGUUUAUAUAUCUCAAAAUACUAGUGGUUUUCCCCCAAAUAUUAAGAAGUUAAUGCCAAACUGCCACUGCAAGAAUAAGUUCACAUUUCUAGAAAAGCUUCACUUUCCUAUAGUAAACUAGUAACUGUUUGCCUCAGGUACAAAUCGGUAUUCUGGAUGUUGUUAGUAAAAAUGGCUGAUUAUCAUACCUAGAAUUGUAUAUUGUUCACUGGCUACAAUAUAUAAAACUCCAUGUAUUGUCAACAAGGAUUAUGAUAAGUCGCAACACAAAUAUCCUUAUCUCAUAAUGAGCUUUCAUAGCCAGUAAAUGCAAAGUUUCCAGUGUAGAAAAGUAUAGUUGAAAAUCUGAAGCUGUUGGAUCUUUACUAGAUGGGAACCCAAGGAUGAGAGAAAGUGCCAAUAAAUUACAGAAAUAUCUUAUUAACAAAUUAUGUUUUUUAGACAGCUUUGAACAACUGCAUCUCAACAGGACAUCCAGAUGCAGCACAAACUAGUAAGAAAAAAGAGAAAAAGGAACAAUUGACCAAAACACAAAAACGAAAGUUAGCAGAUAAAACAGGUGUGUAUGGUGUAGUUCAUAUGUUUCUUUUAGAUUUUCUUAAAAGAUGCAUUUUGUUAUUGUAUGCAUUAGGAGAUUUAACAAAUGUUUGUCAAAGUACAGGAUUUUACCAAUGUUUGUAUAUUAUGUUUAUAUUUUUGUGCAGGAUUUUUUGCUUAUUUGGGUGCUUUAAUAGUAAAAUGUUUAUUAAAGCUGUGUGUGUGUGAAUACAGUUAACCUUUCAGUAGUUACUGAGUUAGCUCCCAUAAAAAGAUCAAACCAUGGUUUGGUACUAUGACAGGGGUAGGCAACCUAAGGCCCGGGGGCCGGAUGAGGCCCAAUCGCCUCCUCAAUCCAGCCCACGGAUGGUCCAGGAAUCAGCGGUUUUUACAUGAGUAGAAUGUGUCCUUUUAUUUAAAAUGCAUCUCUGAGUUAUUUGUGGGGCCUGCCUGGUGUUUUUACACAAGCAGAAUGUGUGCUUUUAUUUAAAAUGCAUCUCUGGGUUAUUUGUGGGGCACAGGAAUUCAUUCAUUCCCCCCCCCCCAAAAAAAAAUAGUCUGGCCCACCACAUGGUCUGAGGGACAAUGGACCGGCCCACGGUUGGAAAAGGUUGCUGACCCCUGCACUAUGAGAAUGAACCCUGUGUUCACAUCAUCCUUCCUUCCCACUCCCCUUAUGAACCCCAUUUAAUUAUUUAGUGUGUGGCUGCAAAUAAUAGUUUGCAUUUUGAAUCUCACAGCAAGCUGUGGUUUGCUGCAAACCAGGAAGUGGUUAAUUAAAAUCUGAAAAUUGAAAAUUAACAGCUUGUUUGUGGUGUUUUGAAUAGAUCACAAAGGAGAGCUUCCUCGAGGAUGGAAUUGGGUUGAUGUAAUAAAGGUAACAUGCAUCACAGUUGAAAAUUAUUUUAUAUAUAUAUAUAUUUAAGAGACUUCAGCAGUGUCUAAUCUGUUUGUCUCCCUUUCUCUUCUUUUUGUUAAUCCAAAUGCCAUCCACAUCCAAAAUGGUUCUCUUCUUAUCCUUAUGUAGCAUGUAAGUAUUUCAGUCUUCCUGAAUUGUUGUACUAGUUUUCAGAUAUCUUUAAUUCCAAGGUUUUUAGGGCACUUCUCCUAAACAUGAAAAGAAAUCCUAUUGAAUUAUGUCCACAUAUUUUUUUUAACAAAUUCAGAAGUAUUGGCUAACCAGCCUACCACUUUCAUGAAAAGAAUAGUAAUUGUUAGAGCUUUUCAACGAAAUCUGAUAUAUAAUAUCGAAUAUGCAAGAAAGUGGAAAUCAAAAUAUUGUGUGAUGUUGCCAGUGUUUGUAAAUGUGUGAUUAAUACAGGUUAAUAGUUUACAAAUAAGUUCAAUGCCCACAUGUGGAAUUGCCAUCUCUCUGCAUGCUUGCAUUCCUCUGUUGUUGUAAUUAUGUUGUACACUAGCCUGCUUCACAUAUCACUUUAAACCAAUGCCUAAUUUCCCCCCCUGUACUUCAUCACACUGCAUAUUCACUUUUAAACUACAGCUAAGCUCACCAUAUGGGACGCGGGUGGCGCUGUGGGUUAAAGCAGAGCCUAGGACUUGCUGUUCAGAAGGUCAGCGGUUUGAAUCCCCGCAACGGGGUGAGCUCCCGUUGUUUGGUCCCUGCUCCUGCCAACCUAGCAGUUCGAAAGCACGUCAGGUGCAAGUAGAUAAAUAGGUACCGCUCCGGCGGGAAGGUAAACGGUGUUUCCGUGUGCUGCUCUGGUUCGCCAGAAGUGGCUUAGUCAUGCUGGCCACAUGACCCGGAAGCUGUACGCCGGCUCCCUCGGCCAUUAAAGCAAGAUGAGCGCCGCAACCCCAGAGUCGGCCACGACUGGACCUAAUGGUCAGAGGCGCCUUUACCUUACCUAAGCUCACCAUGGUAUAAAGUGAUAUGCAAACAAGGCCAUUGACUAUAGUGCUAAGUGAUUGUUUGCAUGUGUGAAGGAACUAUCACAGAAGAAUCACAACAAAUCAAACUUUUUAGUAAUCUAAUGUUAAUUUAAAAAACCCAAUACUUUAAGGGCUGUCCAGGCAGGCUGUCUAAUAAAGUGGUAAAAUAUGUCUACUGAGUUUCAUUAAGGUUGCCACAAAGCAUCUGAUGAACUGCCCCAGGCCAAGAUAAACCUUUUUGUUUCCAUGCACUGAGAUUCUGAUCAAUGCUAUAGUCCCAGGUCCGUACUCUCAGGGUUUCUUUUUUUACUGUAUGUCUCUCCAACCCUUUCAGCAACUUUUUGUAUAAGCAGCUCUCUUCGUUUUGGCAGUAAAUCGGUUUUUACACCGGUUGCUGAAUUUUGUGACAUUCUAAAUACUAUAGCAGUACCAGUCUCAGAUACCUGCCUUUAAGAAAGAAAAAAGUUAACAGAAAAUCUGCAGAUUGGGGCCAAGAAAAAUGGUAGCUACUGAAUAUUUUAAUCUUUUUUUUCAGCUAAGCAAAACUGGCUCCAAGGAUGAUGAAUAGGAGGACACUGAUAUAGGAAAACAUCAGCUUUUACUACAACACUGUUUGGAAUCAACUGCCAUAUUCUCUCUUUUUUCAUUUACAUUUUAUAAAAUGACAGUUCCUCACACAUUGAAAUCUGAAAAGGUGUGCUUACCUAGAGGGAAAUGUUUUUGGUAUCCAUAAUCACUUUCUUCAUAUCACAUGUUUGCCUUUAAAGAAAUUAGGUUGAAGAUUGUCUCCUUCUAUUUGGAUGUCAACUAUCAGGACUCUGAAUAUAACAAUAUGUAAUUUGCUCUUAUACUGUUUGACCCUGUACUAAAUCAUGCAAAACUGAAAGCGAAUCAUCUAAUGCUCUAGCUGCUAGUCUUAUUUUAUAUUUCUUUCUUGCAUAGCUUCUUCAGUGUUAUUUCAAAUACUAUUCAUUACUGAUCCAGCUUUUCAGAUGAAAUCUACAAUGACAGGCUAAAUUUUGCAAAAAUAUUGGAACUUCCUGAACCGUGGUAUUCUUUAAAUGCAUUUUUCAACCCAAUCUCAUGGUCUCCCUCUAGCACAGCUUCCCAGCUGUAAUAUAGUCACAGUCCUAGAAAGCAAAACAGUAUCAUGAGGUACAAAAGAUAAGGUAUCAACUUUUAAUCCCAUGGCACAUCUGCAGUUGCCUACCAGCCACUAAUGAUGCCCUUGCAUUGGUACAGUCCCUGCAUCAGUUAUCAGCCCAUGGCAAAGAACAAGUACAAACAUUAUAUGAUUGAGCCAGUACACAUGGUGUCCCAUGCACAAGUAGAGAGAGAUGGUUCCACCUUUCCAUGCUGUAGGGAGGUAGCAGUAGGCAGAAACUACAACCAUCAGGCCUCCCAUCAGACAGGGAUUAAAUCUUCUGCCAAUCCAAAGCCUACAACAAUAAUACUUUUGCCAGGCAAACAAGAAGGGAAGAAAGGAGAACCAGUCCACUGGCAACCCAAUAUCCUAGUGAGCAGAUCCAUGGGUUCUGAGAAUUGUGGGCCCUUGAACGAGAUUUGAGAUUUGCUCUGGGAUCAGCGAUCAUACACUGACAACUGUCGGAACACUCCACAUAGCUUAUAUGUUGGUGUCUUCCAUGAAGAGAAAAGAGAUUUUGCUAAUGGAGAAGUCAGAGGCAAGAAAGGAGGAACAGUAUGGUAGGGAGCUCACAGCAGAAAGCACCAGGAGUUAUCUAGUAGUUUGUUGGGAUGGAGUACCGUAACGUGAGACAGAAGAGAAUGAAGUCACUGCCUGCCACAGGAAUUAGCACAAUGUGGCUUUUGUAGCUACUCAACAACCUAUGCUAUGACACACACCCUUUCCCCCAACCAGUGAUGGCUAAACUUGGCCCUCCAGCUGUUUUGGGACUACAGUUCCCAUCAUCCCUGACCACUGGUCCUGUUAGCUAGGGAUGAUGGGAGUUGUAGUCCCCAAACAGCUGGAGGGCUGAGUUUGGCCAUCACUGCCCCAAACCAUGUUUAGAUGCAACUGGAUAGACUAGAUGUGACUUGCAUUUGGAGCUGCAACUCAGUGGAAUGGGAUAGCAGAAGCUUCAUAGACAUUGGGUUGCAAGUUCAAUCCCUGGAUGCAAUAUCCUAGCAGAAGAGGCUGGAAAAGAGCUGCAUGUAUAGACAUACUUGAGGCAGGGCAGCGCUACAGCCAAUGGGAGUCAACGGUUCAUGAGCCAAUAGCCCCAUUUAAAUAUUUGCUUGCCUUGCAUAGAAGCUGAGGUGUUUUAAUCUUUUUUUACAGUUGAUUUUAAUUAACUUUAAAUGUGUUUAAUGACUUUAACUGUUUUUGUUCAUAAUUUUAAUAGUUCUUGUGAACUGCUUAGAGGUUUUACCACAGUCAAGCAGUUUUUCAAAUUUGGUUGAAUAAAUAAAAUAAAGUUAUGCCCCAGAAUGUCAUCAUUUCUCCCAGCUCCUUUCAUCCCAGCCAUGAACCUUUUCCCAUAAACCUUUGGUUGAUCGCCGGUAGCCACUGUAGAGGCAAUGCCCCAUUUGUACACACCCUUCUACUACUUGAUUUAUUAUUACAUCAACACGUAACCAGGGUAAGUGGCUGGUAUAUAAAUUCAAUAAAUACUACUACUACUACUACUACUACUACUACAGCAUAGAAAGCUAGUGCAUUGUUGGGAUACACUUUGUUACUCUAGCUAAUACUCUAGUGGCCACAGACCUCGUCAGGUCAUUAAUUAUGGGGGGAUACUGUAUUGAAAUCCACAAGCCUUACUUGUUGAGUCCCUUCCCUCCAGUUUCAGCCAAAUCAUCCCACCUCUUUUAUAAGCAUAAUGAAAGAUACACAUCCCAAGCUGUUUCCCAAUACAAAUGAAACUAUCCUAUUCUAUCCAGAGCCACUGCUAUUUGACAGCAAUGAAUCUUACCUUUUAUCUAUGAAGUUACUGUUCUUCACUCAUCCACAAAGUUGAUGGGCUAAAUAUAAUUUCACUUCUGAUAAUUAUUAUUUUUUAAAUGGGUAAUUAGAAUUCUGACAGGACUGCAGUCCAAAUCACACUGGGGAGUAUACUUCAUUGAACUCAGAAUUUCUGAGUAAACCUGCAUAGAAUUCCACUGUAUGGAAAACUGUGGUGAAAAAAUAACUAGUACUAACCCACCAGUACAUUUUCUCUCUUGGAAAUGCAUUUAUGGUAGUUUGUAUUUUUCCUCUCAAAAGGUAGCACAGUACCCGCCCUAAAUGCUGGGUGCCAUUUAUUUCUGUUCGUUAUUUUCUUCCUUUGGAAAAAUAGGAGUUGUCAUGUUUUCUUGUAUAUGUUAAUGAAUAAAGAGAUGGAUAUAACCACCAAAUGGGUAGAUAAAAUGGAAUUUUGCAUAGAUGUGCCGUCUUGUAUCUAAAAGUUCUCUUUACUGUAUUAAUAGUAAUAGAGCAUAAGAUGCCUUAAUGCCAUCUAAUUUUUAUUGUGGGAAGGGAGGGGUUUAAAUAAAUAUAUAUUUAUCUGC